CAAUCAUUUAGAUCUGCAUAACAGAAAAAAAGAAGAAAAAAGCCCAGCCCACAAUUCAAAUACAGCCAGCCCUUUUUAUGAGCACAAUACCCUCCUGAAACAGUUCUGCUUUUCCUGGCUAGUGUCUUCAGUUAGGAGCUGCUAAUUUCCUCAAAAGAGGAGGAGGUCCAGUUAUGUUUUCUUGUUUUCCUCCCAACUUCUUCAGCAAUUUAGUCAGAUUUUCAUUUCUGUGAUGGAAGAUAGCCAAGGGAUUCUGAAGGAUGAAGAAAAUGGUGGCAAACAGCCAGGAGAUGAAGGUUCAAAGGGGGGGAAACUUCCAAGGAGGAUUAUUCAUUUUACAAGUGGUGAAACGAUGGAAGAAUACAGCACAGAGGAAGAAGAUGUGGAGGAAAGCGACCAUAAUCCACUUCCCAACACUGUUGGCCUCUCCUGGGCUAGUUACCUGCGAUUUUGGGUCCUUCGAAUAGCAGCGACAACUUUUUUUACUUGCGAAUUCCUUGGUGGGAAGUUUGCCGCGCUGUUUGGACUCAAUGAAUCCAAAUAUCAAUAUGCAAUAGACGAAUACUACAGGACACAGAGCAAGGAAAGUGAAAGUGAUGAAGAUGGUGAAGAGAUGCAGGAGAUGGAGAGGACGGUUGCAUCAAAUGAAAAAGAGCACCUGGAGAGGCAGAGCUUUGGAUAUGGGUCCAUUGAUUCUAAAGAGACACCUGCCUAUUCUCCGGAAAACACUGUUGCAAUGGUCAAUGAACUUGAAGGUAGCCUCCCCAGUCCAAAAAAAUGAACUUUAGCCACUGUAAAGUUUGUAAAUAAGCACUUGAUGCACAUCUAAAGAUGGAAUGCUUUGAAUAAAAAAAACAC